AUGGCAUCGCCGUCACGUUCCAACACUCCCGGGACGACAUCAACGCCUCGCACUGCCCGCAAACGGCGUCGACAAGAAGACGUGGCCAAAUUGCGGCAGUAUGGAGUGGAUCUGCCGGACAUUCCCGGCCUACCGGUGCCGAUCAUUCCGUUGCAAAUUCACGCCGGGAAGCAAGCCCGAACGUUCUUUCGCCACGCGACCGAUCAAGCCGUGGCACCGUAUACGCAGGCAGCGUGCGAGCAUUCCGUCAGCGAUUGUGCCGUACCGGCGGUUGCUACCGAUUCUUUUUCCCACGGUGAUGCGGCUCCUUCCGUCGUGGACGCGAUCCUGCAUCGCGUCGCCACGUCCACCACGGCCCAAUCCUCGCCACGGCAACAGGCAGCCGCCGCUCGGGAACGACGCAUGCACGAGAGCGUACAAGUCUGGCUCGAAGCGGUACACCGACAAAUGCGGGACCAACCGGCUCUCCGGAGUACGAUUCCGGUGGCGGCACUCGAGUACUGGUGGGAUCCGGUCUGCGACGGACACCAACCGCUGGCGACCCGACGUGCGGCUUUUUACUUGGCGGGACACUUGUUGCAGAAGAGUGCGGAUGCCAGAAAGUGGCUACUGGAGAAUGGUACACGUAUUAUUCACUGGAUGGAUAGUUUGGAGCAAGUCGUGAAGGGACCAAACGACUCGGCGAAUGCGCUUCCGGCGUUCCAACAAGAGGGCUUUUGGUUGUUGCGGUACUUGCGGGAUCAGGAUUACGGCAGUUUGUAUCCAACGUUAGCCGUCGCUCUGCAACGAUUCGAACAAAUGUAUCCGCACGUACACGAGGCGUCUCUUAGUGACGGAGUCGCUGGUUGGAAGGACAUUGUAGCGUUGCGACAGUAUCGUGACCAGGCCAUGCGGUACAGCGAGAAGGAAAGGCGCCGCGUCCAAACUCUGGUGCAACGAUGUCAUCAGUGUACCGAUGUUCUGGUUCCCCGGUUGGGGGUGAUCGGAACGGAAGAAUCGGGUGGCAAGGAGAAACAGGGAGAAAGUGACGAUAGCGACGGGGACAGCAUUGAAUGGGAAGAAGGAUGGGAAGCCACAGACCCUUUUGCCGAGACGAAUACCACCGCUCCGUCUCACGAAGACGCGGUAGAACAUACUCUAGCGACCAUGCAAGCCAUUGGAGGUCUUCGAGACGGAGGUCUGGAUAUUCAGCUCGGUAAUUUCGAGUCAGACGAGGCACCCCACGGAGAUGGUUCCAUCCUCAGCGCGGAACAAUUGGUGGCUCAAGGUCGGUUGCAAAAAUGCAUUCUCCUACUACACAGUCGUCACAUGCCCAGAUUAACUUUGUGGGUCGAAGGUCUAACCAAGGCAGACGCACUUAUCCCGAACGCAAGCAAAACAGCGCUGAUUCAAAUGUCGUCCGAUCAAAACAGCCAUAGACAAGAGGUUUUAUCGGAACUUAUGCGGUUAAAGGCCGAAACGGCGUCCUGUUUGUCCGCUGCGCGUCGGUUGGGUAUGAAAGACGGUACGACGGUACCGACAACGAUGUCUGUCCCAACUGAAACGCCGACGACUGCUCGAUCAUCGACUGUUUUGCCCGUUCACAUAAACCUCGGGGGUAGCACUCGACACGAAGCUUUGGUCCAUUCCAUGGCUCGCCGCAAAUCGGGUCCGGGAUCGCAAGACGUGACGCGACGGCGGUCGAAUCGCAUUCAAAUAAAAUUCAACAGGCGGUAG